AAUAAGCAGAUUAUUGUACUGGGCCUGGAUGGAGCAGGAAAAACCAGUGUCCUCCACUCCCUAGCUUCAAACAGAGUCCAGCACAGCGUGGUACCUACCAGGGGUUUCAAUGCAGUGUGCAUCAGCACCGAUGACAGACAGAUGGAGUUCCUGGAGAUUGGUGGCAGUGAACCUUUCCGUUCUUAUUGGGAAACAUACCUGUCCAGGGGAUUACUGCUGAUCUUUGUGGUCGAUUCAGCAGAUCACAACCGAUUACCUGAAGCCAAAAAGCACCUUCAUCAACUGAUUGGAACAAACCCUAUCCUUCCUCUGGUAGUGUUUGCAAAUAAACAGGACCUUGAAACAGCAUAUCAUAUCACAGAUAUCCACGAUGCUUUGGCAUUAUCUGAGGUGGGAAACGACAGGAAGAUGUUCUUGUUUGGGACCCAAGUUACUGAGAAUGGCUCAGAGAUCCCCUCUAUCAUGAAAGACGCCAAAGACCUGAUUGCGCACCUGGUUGCAGAUGUUCAGUGACCAGGAC